AGAACUUGAAAAGAAGUUCUGUGAAACAAGAGAUGAAGAAAUCAUUAUUAUUUUUCAGUUUUCACAACCAUAGGAAAAAAAAUACUCCUUUGCUCAACUUUCGCGCUUCCCUCGAAAAGAAGAGGAAAAAAGGAAAUAGUGCGUGUGCGAGCGAGAAAGAAGAAAAUAUUUGGUUGUCUUUUUUCUCUGUCAGAAAGGAAUAAAAAUAUGAAGUUGUGUGUAUUUAUUUAAACAGACACUUUUAUAAGGAAUUGCUCUCCGGUUGCCUCAAAAAUAACCAUCACCAUCUCGCAUCCAAGCCCGCUUCUUAUAAUUUCCUUUGAAGUAAUACACAAAGUAAUUAUUUACAGUUGAUGCAUGCGGUUGUUUAUAUAUUUUAUAAUUAUAAAGUUAUUAAUAGAGGUUUUUCGUAUAUAUAUUUCUUUCCUCAUGCGCGCCAACGCUUCGGCACUCAACUUGAAAAAGUCAAUUUUAUUGUACGAAAAAAAAGAGACUCUCUGUGCGUAUUUUAAUGUCUCCAUACUCCCCCUUGGCGUGGCUCUUUAGCUCCUCAUCCCACCGUUUCCUUCCCGUUGCACACACGAAAGUUGUGGUGAAAAAUUUUGCCAUGCCCAAAGGCGAAUGUGGAGAGACACAAAGUCGAAUGUUAAUGGAAAAGUGAUGACAAAAAUCCCAUUUAUUGCCAUAUUAAUUAUCAUUAUACUUCUUCCUCUCGCCUCUCAGCUCAAUUCCCAGAUUUGUCCCAUCUGAUCGCACACACGAUCCCAACACAGCGCGCGUCUGCAGAAAAAGCGGCCAAAAUUGUCGGAGGCCAGCGAAAUCAUUGGCUGAAUUUGUUUUAAAUUAAAAUCCCCCCUUUCGAGAGAAUUAAUUAAUAUACAAAAUGCUGUAAACAUAUCGAGAAAUGAGUUCGGAAAGGCAAUUAAAUGCUCAGACGGGCAUAAAGAGAUCGAGGAGAGGCAUUAAAGAGUGUCGGCAAGAGUUUUGUGCUCCAUAUUAGACAACAUUUUCCAAAGUGCCAAUCAAAAUCUAAUUAUCUUCAAUUAAAUCGUCUUAUAUUGCCACCAUUGGACAAAAAUGUUCUUCUCUCUCUCUCACACACUUUGCAUUUGCUUGAUUCUCCCAUUCGCAAAUGCACACAAAUAUUAAUGCUUUGUCCACUUGUAUUUGAUUUUAAAUUACGCACAUAUUUGAUUAUCAUUGGAGUUUCUGUGAACGUCCGACAAUUCAACUCGGAGAAGCUCAAGCCAGAACUAAAUUCAACACUGUCCAGGCAUCUAUUGUUAUUACAAUUCGAUAAGACCACACUAUCGCUCGUUAUCUUAUCUUGUCACCUGAUAAUUUGGGCAUGUUUUCCACCCGGAGUGUCUCUCUACAUUCAGUACACGUUCGAGAAGAUCUUCCGAUGCAAGUGUUUUCCCUGGCAGAGAGACUUAUGGUGAUUUUCGCGUCAAUUUUGCUCCUCCUCGUGAUUCUCUUGCUCAUCCACUGGUGCUUCAAGCAGUUCCGCGAGUAUCGCAAGAGACAGGAGGAGGACACGUACUCCAAUGCCUGCAACGUCUACAUCAUAGAGAGCAAUCUCGGCGGCUCGCAGAGGCGCAAUCCGGCCCAGGAAGCGCCGCCGUUCGACACUGUGGUCUUCAAGUGCGAUGGCCUGCCGUCGUACGACGAGGCCAUGGCGCACCAGCGCGACCAGCAGGCGAAGACGGCGCAGACGAGCUGCUAGAACUAGACUAGCCUUAGCCAGAGGCCCAAGUGUGAGACUGUUUCAGUGUGGGAACAAUAAAUGUGAUGCUUCUUCUCUCAACUGAAAAUCAUAGAUGUGCAAUAUUUCACUAAACACGCCGCACCAUCUCCGCCAGCAAUAGAGGCGCGCAUUAGUGUUUGGCAUAUAGCAUAAAACUUAAUAUUAUUAAUGUCGACUUAAUUAAUGCCACAUGCAAUUAGGGCCUUUCAAUGUGCAACACAACCACUUCAGAGAGUUGUAAACCAAUAAAUUCCUCAGACACUCUUGUAUAUAUUAUUUCACAUUUUAUUGUGCCUGACUUUGCAACUACAGUGAAAUUCAAUUGUACAUUUCACAUAUAUAUAUAUAGCAUUAUUUUAUUUCCAUUCCAAGGCGUGGAGCGACGCCAAUGAAUUCAAUGGUGAAAUUGAUGAAUAAAUUGAAGGAAAUAUAAUGCAAUCAAUAUAUUCAUGACACACAAAAAAUGUAUAAGUAACAAUUCGACAAAAUGUUACAAGACAUCAAUUGACAGAAUGCGAGACGGGCAACCUUUUU